AUGAGUUACUUAAAACGGGUAACCAACGAAAAUACAAGCAAUAAUAAUAAAAAAAACAACACAAAUAAUAAAAUAAAUAAUAAUACAAAUAAUACGUCCUAUAGUAAUGGUGUUAAGAACCUUGAUUCUACAAACCCUGAACAGAAUAAAAAUCUAAGAAGUGUAAGUAAUAAUAUGUCCUGUAGCAGGCAUACCGAUAUAUGCAACAAUUACAAAUUUCAUAAUAAUAAUAAUAAAGAAGAGCAGACCAAUAUAUUUGGUAAGAACGUAACUAGUAGCAACGAUCAAUAUAAUAAAACAGAUAGAAAUAACAACGGACGAGAUAAAAAAAACCAUGCAAGAAAUAGAAAAAAUAAUAGAAGAGAUAAGAAAAAUAACCAUGGUAAAGUAGAUGGAGAGAGCAAUAACAAUAAUAAUUAUAAUAAUAUGAUAAAAUCGAUGUGCGAAAAUAAUUUUGGCAUACAACAAAAUAAUGUGCAUAAUAUGGAUUGGUUUUUUAAAAAUGAAAAUCUUUGUAACAUGAAUAAUGUGCGAGAUCAAAAUGGAGAAUCAUUCUUAUGCAACAAUAAAGGGAUUAAUAUGUUACAAGAUAAAUCUUAUAAUAAAGGAAUUUUUAAAAAUGACAAAAAUAAAAUUAUGAAUCCUGAUAAUAACAACAACAAUAACAAUAAUAAUAACAACAACAAUAACAAUAAUAAUAACAACAACAAUAAUAAUAAUAAUAUUUAUAGGAAUCCCUAUGUAGAAGAAAAUAAUAUCAUGGCACAUAAAUAUAAUUUAUCAUUAGAUCAACGUAAAAAUAAUAAAAAUAAAAAUACAACAUAUAUAAAUAAAAAUAAAGUAUUUGAAGACCAUGAAAUGAAAAAUUCUCUUCAAAAAAAAAAAAUAUAUGACGAAACUAUACCAGUAGGAAAUUUUGUACAAAGGAAAAAAAAUUAUAAAAAAGAUGGAGAUGAUAUAAAAAAUAUGAUGGUAUCUGGUCCUAAAUUUAGUUAUACAGAGAAGGUAUACAAAAAUGAUAACAACCAUAAUAAUAAUAAUAUUAAUAAUAUUAAUAAUAAUAAUAAUAAUAACAACAACAAUAACAAUAAUAAUAAUAAUAAUAAUAAUAAUAAUAAUUGUACAUAUAAUGCUCAUAAAUAUAGUGAUAUUUAUAACAUAGGUGAUGAGCAAAACCAUAUUAUUAAUAAUGAUCAUCCUUAUUUUUUAAAUAAGUAUAAAGGAAAAGGGAAGGACACAAAAAAGGAUUCUGUAAGGUCCACUCUUCCUUAUAAUAAUAUAUGUACUAAUGAUGAAAAAAAAGAAAUGAAUAUAACAAAGAAACAUCAGACACAUGAAUAUACCCAGGACACAAAUAAAUCGUAUAAUGUGAUGGAUAACAUGUUUAUAAAUUACUUUAAAAAUAAGAACGCUAGUACAAAUAAUGUGUUUGAACUUGAAGAAAAUAACAGAGGGGACAUUUGUAAUAUAGUGAAUAACAUAGACAUUGAUAAAAAUAAUGAUCAUAAUAAUAAUAAUGAUAAUAAUAAUAAUGAUGAUAAUAGUAAGGAUCAUAGUAAUGAUCAUAAUAGUAAUGAUCAUAAUAAUGAUGAUGAUAGUAAUGAUGAUGAUAGUAAUGAUGAUGAUAACAAUAAUUAUUAUUAUUAUAGUAAUAAUUAUAAUAAUAAUUAUAGGAACAAUAAAAACAAUUUUAAAAGAAAUAAUUUUGAAAUUAAUAAAGAAAAAGAGAAUAAAGAAAAAAUAUAUACCUCUGUUUUUGAAGAGAAUAACAAAGUUAUUAUUGAUAUGAUAAAUAAUAAAAAUAAAGAUAAUUUCAUAAAUAUAAAUGAAAAAUCUAAUGAAAUAACUAACAUUCAUAAUUAUACAGAUGUUUAUGUUGAUGAAGAUAUAGAUAUUCAUGUUGAUAAAAAUAACAAUAUAUUUUUCGAUCACAAUUCUAAUUUUUUUGUUGAUGAUUUUAAUAAUCUACAUGUUUAUAAUAAACAUAAUGAAGAAUAUUAUAAAAAUAUAAAAUUAUAUAACAGAUUUAUGGAAAAUAAUAAAACUGGAAAAGAAAACUACGAUUAUAUUCAAGAAUAUGAAUAUGAAUAUGAAUAUGAAGAUGAAGAUUUAAGUAAUAAUUAUAAUAUGGAUUAUAUAUAUAAUGAUCAAAUACAAAGAAAUAAUGAUAGUCAAAUUAUUCAUGACAUAAACAAUUACGACAUUUUUUCAAUCUUAUCUAUUCCAAAUAUGAAUAAUAAUGAUAAUAAUAAUGAUAAUAAUAAUGAUAAUAAUAAUGAUAAUAAUAAUAAUAAUAAUGAUAAUUAUUAUUAUAGUAGUAGUAGUAGUAAAAAUAAUAAUUAUUAUAAUUAUCAAGAUAGAUAUAUUCCACAUCUUCAUCACGAUAAUAGCCAUACAAAUAAUAAUAUAAAUAAUAUAAAUAAUAUAAUAGAAAAUUAUAACCCUCUAUUGAUUUAUCAUAACGAAUGGAACCAUUUUUUAAAAGAUCAAAAAGAAAAGAUGAAAAAUACAGACAAUAUUAAAAAACAUGAAAACGACAAAUAUAACAUAAAGUCUCAUGAUAAUAAUUUUUUACAAGAAAUAAUGAAUAAAAAUUUUAUAUAUGAAGAUAUUAAGACUACUAAUAAAAAGUAUUUUGAAAAAUAUAUAUCUGAUAACGUUGUCCCUAAAACACACCCUUUAGAUUAUAUCAUUAAUAAUGAUAUGAAUUAUGUACAAAAGGAAGAUACAAAUAAUAAUCCUUUUCAUGAUAAAACAGACAAAGGUACAAUACAAAAAAUAUAUGACUUAAUAAAUAAUCAUGAUGAUCAUAUAAAUAAUAAAGGAAAUAACAUAAGCCAUAAUUUUAUCAGUGAUCAUUCCAAAAUGAAUGUAGAUAAUAAUAUCCAUGUCGAAGAUAUAAAUCAAAAUGGUGAUGAUAUAAAAUGUAGUAAAAGUAAUAAAACAAAUAAUAUAUUUAAUAAUAAUAAAAAGGAUGAUUAUGAUGAUGAUAAUCAUAAAUGUAUAUUUCAAAAUAAGGAUAAUACAAAUCAUUUGGAUAUUUAUAAACAAUCCAAUAUUUCAAAUACACAUAUUGAGGAACAUGGCAAAGAACAUUUAAACAAAGGAGAUAUAAAUAAUACGAAGAAUUUACAUGCAUCAAACAAAUAUGAUGCAUUACAUAAAGAAUGCACAAUUUAUAUAGACAAUAUAUCUUAUUAUGGACAAGAUAAUAAAAUUGAUUAUACAAAUAAUAAAAAAGAUUCACAAGGAAUGGAAAAGAAAAAGGAUCAUACUACCAAUAUACAAUUGAAUCAUUUACUAGUAAAUGAAAAAAAUAAAAAAACGUCUUCUAUAAUAUAUAACAAAGGUAUGGUAAAUAUAAACAAAAAUAUGAUAUGUAAUAAUAAUAAUAAUAAUAUGUGUUAUCCAAUAAAUAAUUGUUCAAAUGAAUAUGACAAAAAAGAUAAUAAGGACCAUCAAUUUAAUUAUUACAAAUGGUAUUUAUAUCAUAUAAAUUAUCCUAACCAUUUGGAUUUUAAAAAGGCUUACUUUUUUAUUUUUAAAGAUGAUAUAUAUAUUUAUGGAGCUAGGAAUAAUCAAUAUAUAAUUCCUGAUGCAUUAUAUAAAUUAUACAAUAAUAAUAUAGAAAUUAUACAUACUAAGGGAAUAAUACCACAAAUAUAUUAUAAAAUAUAUUUUCUGGCUGAUAUGGAAAAUUUCGAUAAAAAAAAUUAUUAUUAUUCUGAUGAUUUAUUUUAUAAUUAUAAUGAAAAUAUUAAUAAAUUAUAUUAUAAUAAUUCUAACAAAUCAUACUGUGAUAAUCCAAAGUUCUAUUUUAAUUUCCCUAAUUUUGUGUUAUGUAACCCUAGCUUUAUUUUUUCUAACCCUAGUUUUUAUCAUAAGGAUAAUUCCCUUUUUAGAAGAGGGAUCUUUGUUCCUUCAAUAAAUUGUGUGCAAAAUAAAUGGAAUCAUACAGAAAAAAAUAAAAGAAAUGGGUCUGAAUAUCAUAGAUUUAAAAGCACCCAAAGAUAUACAAAUAAUAAUAAUAAUAAUGAUGAUGAUACUAAUAAUACUACACAUUUUAAUGGUAUAUCAUAUAAUAAAGGAAAUUGUGAAUAUUCAUUUAAUCAAGAUAAAGAAAAAAAAAAAAAUACACAAUGUUUUUAUAUUCUAGGAUGCAAAGAAUUUAAAGUAAUCGAUUUUUUUACUAUAUAUAGAUUAGAUAUGACUACAUUUCAAUGGGAAAAAAUUAAUAUUACAUAUAAUAGAUUAUUAAAUUUAAAAAGGGACGAUUUCUCCAUAACAUUAAGUAAUAAUUAUAUAUAUCUAUAUGGAGGAGUAAUACAAACAGGGAAAACUUGGCAAGUGACUGAUGAACUUUGGAUUUGUAAUUUAAAAAAAAGAACAUGGGAACAUAUAUCUUGCAAAGAAAAGGAAAACAAAACAAAUCAGCCAUGUAUAUAUGAUAAUUAUUUUAAUAAAUUAGAACAAAGGAAUGUAAUAAACAAAGAAAAUAAAAAUAUCAUAAUAAGUGGAAAAAAGGAGCAAGAUAUACUAAAAAAUGAUAAUAUAAAUGAUAAUAUCAAUGAUAAUAUAAAUAACAAUAUAUAUGAUAAUAUAUAUGAUAAUAUAAAUAAUAAUAUAUAUGACAAUAUAUAUGAUAAUAUAUAUGAUAAUAUCAAAAACAAUUACAAAUCAAAUAAUGAUGAAUAUAUUACUCAUCAUGUUGAAAAACAUCCAGGUGCUCGAGCUUGCCAUUUGAGCUUUUUUUAUAAAGAUAAAUUAUUUAUACAUGGAGGAACCAAUUUAAAAGCUGAAAAAGAUGAUUUCUUUUUUUAUGAUACAAAAAAAGGGAUAUGGUAUGAAAUUAUAUCGGAUGAAUAUAAUCACAUGAAACCAUCAAAAAGACAUAGUCAUACUGGUAUUUUUCUAAAGAAUAAAUUAUAUAUAUAUGGAGGAUUUGAAAAAUAUGAAAAUUAUAAUAUCCUAAAGAAUGAUUUAUUUUUAUAUGAUAUUGAAAAAAAUACCUGGACUCAAAUAUUUACCAUGGAUGAUUUCUAUUAUCUAAAAACAGAAUUAAUUAAUAAAGAAAAACAUGUUCUACUAUAUUUGGAAUUACUUGUUUUAAAAAAUAUGUAUCGUAAUUAUUUAGUAAAACUAUUGAAUUCUAGUAAUUCUCCAAAAAAAAAUAUAAACCUAGAUGAAUAUAAUAAUAUAUCAGACCAGGAAAAAACUCUGUUAAGUUCUCCAAAUGUACUAGAAUGUAUAAAAGAAAACGAUAUAAUAAAUGCAAAAUUUAAACAAAAAAAAAAACAAAAUGAAAUAAAUCAAAAUGGUAUUUAUAAAUCAAAUAUUAUUCAUAUAAAUCAUUCUGAAAAUCUAUCACAAUAUUCAAAUAAUAUAUAUUAUGAUAAGAAAAGUCCAUCUUUAAAUUGUUAUAAUAAUAACACAUUUAACAAUAAACCUAAGGAUAAUAAUUUUGUUUUACAUGAAUUCAUUAAUUCGGAAGAAAAUGUGAAAAGUGUAAAUGAAUCACUAAAUAUUCAUUUUGAUAAAAACCAAAUGAACAACAACAUAAAAGAGAAGCAACAACAACAUAAAUAUUUUCAUCAUAAUUUUUUUUAUUUAAAAAAUUUAAAUAAUUCAGAAAAUAUUAUUAUACCAUAUAAUAAUUUUCGAAAUAAAUGCUUUUAUUUUAAGAAUUCUCUAUAUUUUUAUGGGGGAUCCGGAUAUAAUCCAAAUAUAAAAGAAAGUAUUGAAAAACAACAAGAUUAUAUUUUUUAUGAUAAUGUUACACAAAUUAAUACAGAAGUAACAUAUAUGGAUUUCAUUUUAUCGUAUUUAAUUUUUAAUGAUACUUUCUUUUUCAAAUAUAUUCAAAAGAUACAAAUAGAAAUGUUGCCAUUCAUCCAGGCCCUUGAAAAGAAUUUUGAUAAUCGUAUGAAUGAACAAGAAAAACAUCUCAAAGAAGAAAAUAUCAUAAAUAAAAUAUGUGUAAAUAUUCAAAGGAUUCAAGAUAAAUUAAAUAACAUAUAUAUGAAUAAAAUACAAAGCGAUACAAAAAAGAACAAUAUGAAUGAUCAUCAUGAUGUGGAUAAUAUAAUCAACCAACUAUAUAAUAAUAGUAAUAAUAUUGAUGGUCAUAAUAAUGCUAAUUUGGAAAAUGAACACAUGAACAUGUCAGAAAAAGAUAUAUUAGAAAAGGUAUUUUUUUAUACUCAAAGUAAAAAAAGUUAUGAACUGUUAAGGUUUUUAUUUGAUUUAUAUAAAAAUAUAUAUAUAAAAUACCUGAACGGUCAGGACAAAGAAAUGGUUUCCAUAGAAUUGCUUAAAAAUAUGGGAAUACAAGAAAAUAAUGUUCAAUCGAAUGAUACGCCUGAUAAUAAUUAUAUUCAGAAGAAUAUAAAAGAUGAAUCAAAUGGGAAAUCUCCGAAUAAUUUUAAUAACAAUUUUUAUGAUAACAAAAAUUACACCCUAUUACCAAAUAUGGAAGAGAACAUAUUUAGAGGUGAACAAUUAGUUGAAGAAUGUUGUAUAGAGGAGAAAGAAAAAAAGGAAAAAGGUUAUUCUUGUGAAAUAUUACUUGAUGGAAAUAAUAUAAAUAAAAAAAAUUAUGAACAAGUACAAAGAAUGAGCACUAUAGAUAUCGAAGGUAACCCCUUAAAAUAUUACAAUAGUAGCAUUUAUGAUAAUGAAGAAACAAGAAAUAUUUUAGUGGAACUAGUAAAAUCAUAUAAUGAAGAAAAAGAUGAAUAUAUGAGAAAUGAUAAAGAUAUCCCCAAUCAUAAUUUUAUGAAUAAUUAUAUUAAUCAUAAUCACAAUGAUAAUAUUGAAUUUAAUGAAAAAAGAGAAGAAGACACAAAUAAAAAUAUAUUAGACACUAAUAUUUCUAUAAUAAUUAAUAAGCUUAAAAAUGAUUAUAUUAAUAUUAAAGAUGAUAUUAAUGGUAAUGAUCAUAUUAAUGGUAAUAAUCAUAUUAUUGGUAAUGAUCAUAUUAAUGGUAAUGAUCAUAUUAAUGGUAAUGAUCAUAUUAAUGGUAAUGAUCAUAUUAAUGGUAAUGAUCAUAUAAAUGGUAAUGAUCAUAUUAAUGGUAAUAAUCAUAUUAUUGGUAAUAAUCAUAUUAAUGGUAAUAAUCAUAUUAAUGGUAAUAAUCAUAUUAAUGGUAAUGAUCAUAUUAAUGGUAAUGAUCAUAUUAUUGGUAAUAAUCAUAUUAUUGGUAAUAAUCAUAUUAAUGGUAAUAAUCAUAUUAAUGGUAAUAAUCAUAUUAAUGGUAAUAAUCAUAUUAAUGGUAAUAAUCAUAUUAUUCGUAAUAAUCACAUUAAUGAUAAUAAUCAUAUUAAUGAUAGCCAUAAUAUUUAUAAUAUUUACAAUUCUGAUUAUUUGAAAAAAACGUCAGGUACCUAUGUAGUUGACGAAAUGGAAAAUUCUGAACGAAAUAUAACUAACCAUUUAGAUAUAGAAAAUUAUAAAUAUAAUAGUAAUUAUUGCGUAAAUGACAAUGAGGAUAAUUUUACAAAUAAAAAUAAUCUUACAUCUUCUUAUGAUAGUACCAAUAUAGGUAAUCAAAGAAUUCCCAUGGGUAGAAAAUUACAAAUAAAAAAUAUUUUUUUGAAGAAAAGAGAGGAUUAUGAUAAUAUAUAUGAUAAUAAGGUUUAUGAUGAUGUCCAUAAGGAUGAUCGUCAUAAAUAUAAUGACAGAUAUAAUGACAAGGAUAAUAAUAAAAUGUAUGAUAACAUGUAUGAUAACUCUCCUUUCAAUUAUCCAACACCUGUUGAACAUAUACAAAUUCAUAAUCAUUUAGAAAAAUAUAAUAAAUUGAUUAAUGAAACAUAUUUAACCGAUAUGAAUAUCAGAAAAUAUAAUAUAUAUAAAAUGAUAUAUAGCUAUUCUAAGAAUGUAGAAAAUCAAAAUAAAAUAAUUUUUGAAAAACUUGAAGAGUUGCAAAAUAUAACUAACAAUUUUACAGAAUUAAAUAAAAAAAAUAUAUAUUUUACAUAUCAAAAUAAUUACGAAUUACAAUUAGAUAAAAAUGACGAUCUAUCCUAUUAUGCUUUUAAUCCAAUAAACUUUGAGAAUUUAAAAACAAAUUAUAUAUCUCUAAAACAAAAAUUAAAUUAUUUUAAUGAUAUCAUAAAUAUAUACUCAAAAAAAAUACAUGAACAAAAUGUAUAUAUAAAAAUUGUACAAGAAAAAUAUGAAUAUUUAAUGAAUUAUUUGAUCAAACUAAAAUCAAGUAUACACAAUGAUGGUAUCAGUGACGAUAUUUUCAAAUUUUUUUGUGACGAUAAUUUUUUUAAUCAUGAAAAAUAA